CCACUACUUCCGCUUUUCUUACCGUGUGUAAACCAAACGAAGAUGGAGCUAGCCGGCAAAAUGUUCUCCUUAGUGGUUCUACUCGUUGUUCCUUUCCUUGUUCUAGGAGACAGCUGUGCAUCACCGGAGAUCAAGGCUGAAACUUACACAACAACAGAAGCCAUUGUAUCUACAGAAACUGUAUUUAUUGUACAAUUUACACUUGCCUGUCAAAAUAAAGUCAGGGAUAUGAAUCUGUAUGCUGAUAUUAAUGGAAAAACUUUACCAGUUACAAAAACAGAUAGACCUGAUUUUUACCAAGUGAGCAUCAGCGAUGAUCACAAGAAGCUCCCUGCUGGUAAAUACGAGGUCCGACUAUACGACGAGGAGGGAUACUCAGCACUGAGAAAGGCACAGAGAAGUGGGGAGUCAGUGGACUCUAUCAAACCUGUCACAACCAUCACCAUCAACCACCCAGGAGUGUGGAAGGGCCCUAUUGUACAGAGUGAAUUUGUUGCUGUUUUCAUUGCCAUCCUUGUUUGGUAUUUUGCUUAUAGCACCAAAAGUCAACUCCAGUCUUCAAAUUAGGAACAAAUUUUUAGUUUUAUCAAAUAAAUUUAUGUAAAAAAAAUGAUUUUUAUACAUUUUUUUUUCUUUCAAUGAAAACGUCCACCUAACAUCAUUAAUAUUUUGUAAUAAAACCAUUCCAUAUAAA